GACUCUUUAUUUAACCAUUGGAACAUGUUUUACUUUACAAGCUACAAAAUCAUCUAGUAACUUGUGGUUUUAUCUAUGAUAUAUAUACUGACUGUACACUCGCGUAUCAGGGGCUACUCACUCUAUAACAAACCUACUAAUAGUAACAAAUUCUUUUCAAAAGAUUUUAAAGGAAGCUAGACUCUGCGAAGUCACAGAGAAACUUGAUAAAGAACGCGAGCUAGACUCCAAAGCAAAUGACAGAAGCAGCUAGACUCUGAACGACUCCAGAGAAGCGACUAGACUCCUAAUAUCCAUGGAGAAGCUAUAAAAGACGAUGAAUUGGAAACGCUAGACUCCGAAGAAGGCAAGAGAAUUCACUAGACUCUCGAGGAAUCCAGAGAAGCGACUAGACUCAUAGCCACCCCAGAGAAUAUAUCUGUUAUAUUUACCAUGAGAAAACUAGCUACAGAUAAAGUGAAGUAAUAAUCUAUUUAAGAGAUUGGGGGUAAAAUUCCCAAAGAAUUUAAAGCCAAGCCUAAAUUUACACAAAGAUAUUCAUAAAGUCUCGAUCAAUAGAGUGAGUAACCCACCUAACAUAAACAUUACAUAUACAAAUGUAACAUACAACAUGAAGCGGCAAAAAAAAGCCUCACAGAAGCCUCACAAAAGGGCAGCAUGUAAUAAAUCGACAAAAUAGACAAAUAUGAAGUUACUGUAUACAUAUACAUGAACCUGAAAAAAGAACCAACAAUUACACAAAAACUCAUGAUCAUGAGGCAAAUUAAUUAGAGGCGAUGCAGGGGUUGGUGGGUGGGUAAAUCAAAACAAACAAGUGUAAUCUGCCAGCACUACGAGUAAUGAAACUGAAGCUGGCAAUACCAACACCCCUCUAAUACGUAAUCGCUGAUUGGUCAAAAGUUACUAUGGACUGAUUAACAUAUACUACGAUACCGUAUAUGAUAAGACAUCUAAUUUGCAUAGUUAAACACUCAUACGAUCCCUAGUGAUCCAACACGGUUCAAAUUAUAAAAAUGUUGGAAAUCGUCAAAGCUCUAUAUGUAUAGCCACCGUUGUUCCUUUAGUGAAGCGGCACUGGUCAUAAUUUACACAAUGUUCUUAUUAUUAAUAUAUUAAGUAGUAAUUCAUAUAAGUAAGUGGUUUUAUGAACCUCCCCUUUUAUUUCGACAUAAGGACGAAACAGAUGUAUGGUUUAAAGUAAUUUAUUUCUGGCAUACCGUAUCUAUUACCAAAUUGUAUAGGCUGGUGCAAUUAAAAAUGUCAAGUUCAUCGUUGCCACAAAGCUGUCGCGAUAGACAUGUCUCUAUGUCGAGAUAGACAUGUCUCGAUGUCGAGACAGACAUGCUUCCUACGUAUAACAAUAAUUUAAACUGAAACACUAAAUACUAUUACAGUUUCUUUGGUUUAAUAUAAUAUUAAAAUUUAACUUAUACUGAAAAUAUUUGCUAUUUGCUCUGCUAUAAAGUAAUUGUAUAUUUGUUAAAUGUUGUUAUUUUACUUUCAUCGUAAGCAUAUGCAUGUUGACCUGAAUUAUACAUAUGUGUAUAUGUUUAUCUAUAUAUACGUGUGUGUACAUACUAUAAAUAUUAGUGUAUUAGUAUUUUUAGUAGCCAUCUAUUGAACUAUGAGUAUUUAUUUAAAAGUACUAUUUAAUGUUCCAAGCCAGUGUUAAUAUGUUCAUGUCUAAAUUAUAAUUCUGUUCUUGUUUGAAAUGUAUUUAACCCAAGGGAGAGGGCUUGUAUAGGCAUAGCCUGUUGCCCAAUUCCCAUUUAAUUACUUGAUUUAAUAAAAUAUUUUGAAAUGAAAUGAAAUACUGAUACACUAAAUACUAUGACAGUUUCUAUGGGUUACGGGGGAGCCCUUUUGAAAACUUGCGAAAUAUAGGGGAAGGAAAUCUCUACUUACCAACGAGCUGCUAAGCAACAAUUAAGUAUUUGAUUCAUUCAUCCAUAAGUUACGUUUAUUUUGUUACUAUUUUUCAGAUUCGGCCCCCUGAUGACGUGUCUGACCAUUUGUUGUGUCGUCGCUGUCUUCUUUUACGUUGUUUUCCAUGUAACUUUGCAUGAAAACCACGGGUCAGACGCUUUUCACUCAAACUUUGUUUCCCUUCAGCCAAUCAUCCAUCAAAACAACAAGCUUAUGCCAACAAUGGGUGCGAAAAUUCCUAAAGCACCUAUCAAGCCUUCUAAAGCUUCCAAAUUGCGAGUUGAAACAUCAAACGAAAAUAUUCAUAUUAAACGACUUCCUAAACUCCACCCAGGCUUCGUGCGUACGGAGAGUCUACCAACAGAAGGAUCAUCAAUGAUCGUAAAGACUCCGGGAGAAACCCCAAUAGACACUUGUAACAUUGGGGGUGCUUCACAGACAAACACAUCAAGUGUAAAUGGUACCUGUAUUCGUAUUCAUUACUAUAACCCCCCGUUAUGGAUAACGUCUAAAGCGUUAGAACAUUGUACAUACAGGUGUUAUUUCACUUCCGGAAGUAACUACCAAUCUGCUCCUGCUGUUAUAUUCCAAACAUCAAAUAUUGUAAAAUCUCCUCCCAAAAAGUCGCCCGGACAAAUUUGGAUAUUUCAUUCUUUGGAAGCACCAGGUAAUAGCAAAACUGAUUUUAAACAUUGGAAAAGGCUAUUCAAUUGGACAUACACAUACCGUCGCGAUUCUGAUAUUAUUGAGCCUUUUGCUAAACUCCAUUUCCGAGAAAUCGAGUUGGAUAUCGAUAACUACAUGAACAGUAUUCCGUUGCUAUGGCAAAAUAAGUCACGUGAUGCAGCUUGGUUUGUUUCACGUUGUCAGGUUCAAAGUAACCGCGGUAUAUUUGCUAAGAUGUUGUCAAAACUUGUCCAUGUCGAUAUUUUUGGGAAAUGUGGUAAUCUGAAAUGUCCUUCUACAGAGUGGCGCGAUUGCAACAUAAUGCUAAACAAGUUGUAUAAAUACUAUCUGUCGUUCGAAAACGCAUUGUGUGUGGAUUACGUCACUGAAAAGGUUUUUAACCAAUUUGUAGACAUGUCUUACGUUUUACCCGUUAUAAGGGGGAGAACUAAUCUAUCCAUGUAUCUUCCUCCAGGAUCUUACAUAAACACAAACGACUUUAAAUCUAGCUCCGAUCUUGCGUCUUUUAUGACCUCAUUAGUAGCGAACCGAACGGCUGUUGACCAAUACUUUUCUUGGUGGAGGACAUUUUACUUCACCCGAUCCGGUACAAGCGGCAUUUGCGAGAUAUGUAGACGCCUCCACCGCGCGAGGGACUACAGACGUUUGUAUGAUGACGUCGAGUCGUGGUAUAAGGGCUCAGAAAUCGAUCAUAAUAUGAUGUGUAAGCAUCCUAGAGAUAUAAAAUAAAAUCAUCAAGUUCCUUCACACAUUGUGUUGUUUAUAGAGACAUACAAUUGAUUAAUUAUUUUUUCUGUACCUUCAGUGUUGCUUAUAAAGAUAUAGAAUAAUAUAAUAAAUUCCUUUCACCGACAAUGUUGUUUAUAGAAAAAUAAAAUAGAUCAACUAAUAAGCCUACCUUCGGUUUUGUUCAAAAAGAUUGAAUAUACAAUGAGGUAUUCUUUCAGCCUACAAUGUUGUUUAUAAAAAAAUAGAACAGAUUCAUUAAUUACCUCUACCUUUAGUGUUGCUUAUAAAGACAUAAAAUAAAGCAAUCAAUUCCUUUCACCUACAGUGAUGUUUAAAGAGAAAUAAAUAGAUUGACUAAUUACCUCAUAAUCAGUGUUCCUUAUAAAGAUAUAAGAUAUAAUGAUUAAUUCCUUCCACCUACAAUGUUGUUUAUAGGGAAAUAAAUUGAUUGACUAAUUACCUCAUAAUCAGUGUUCCUAAUAAAGAUAUAAGAUACAAUGAUUAAUUCCUUCCACCUACAAUGUUGUUUAUAGAGAAAUAAAUUGAUUGACUAAUUAUCUCAUAAUCAGUAUUCCUUAUAAAGAUACAAUGAUUAAUUCCUUCCACCUACAAUGUUUAUUUUAAACCACAACAGACAUCUCCUAUAUUUAU